UGCGGGGUGCAGAGAACUCAAGGAUCGCCGGAGCAGAGCAGCACCGAGGACAGCGCCCGGCAGCGCCGCGCCCAGGUCUUCCUCCUCCGCCCGGCGCCCGCACGGACCCACUCGCACACUCGCACACGCAGACACACGCCUCGCUGUACAAUGGCAGAAUCCCACCUGCAGUCAUCCCUGAUCACAGCCAAACAGUUUUUCGAGAUCUGGCUUCAUUUCGACUCUGACGGAAGCGGUUACCUGGAAGGAAAGGAGCUGCAGAACUUGAUCCAGGAGCUCCUGCAGGCGCGAAAGAAGGCUGGAUUGGAGUUAUCACCUGAGAUGAAAACUUUUGUGGAUCAAUAUGGGCAGAGAGAAGAUGGAAAAAUAGGAAUUGUAGAGUUGGCUCAUGUAUUACCCACAGAAGAGAAUUUCUUGCUGCUCUUCCGAUGCCAGCAACUGAAGUCCUGUGAGGAAUUUAUGAAGACAUGGAGAAAAUACGAUACUGAUCACAGUGGCUUCAUAGAAACUGAAGAACUUAAGAACUUUCUGAAGGACCUGCUAGAAAAAGCAAACAAGACUGUCGAUGACACAAAGCUAGCUGAGUAUACAGACCUAAUGUUGAAACUGUUUGACUCAAAUAAUGAUGGGAAGCUGGAACUGACGGAGAUGGCCAGGUUACUACCAGUGCAAGAGAACUUUCUGCUUAAAUUUCAGGGAAUUAAAAUGUGUGGGAAAGAAUUCAAUAAGGCUUUUGAGUUAUAUGAUCAGGAUGGCAAUGGAUACAUAGAUGAAAACGAACUGGAUGCUUUACUGAAAGAUCUGUGUGAGAAGAAUAAACAGGAUCUGGAUAUUAAUAAUAUUACAACAUACAAGAAAAACAUAAUGGCUUUGUCGGAUGGAGGGAAGCUGUACCGAACAGAUCUCGCCCUUAUUCUCUCUGCUGGGGACAACUAGAGCUGGGGCCACAACCACCUGCUAGCGGUACAUUGUAUCUAAAAAGAUAACUGAGCACUAUAAAGGAGUAGGCUGUAUUUUCUUUUAUAUCUGUAAAUUUUACUGCAUAUAGACAAUUAUCCAGGAUGUGUGGCACAUUCUUUUCUGCUUGUUUCUAUACUGUUUGUAAUGUACAGUUUUUGUAACUAUAUGAUUGAAAAGGAGAAGGUCUAUAUUUAGGCCAGCCGGUAUACCCAAUUAAAAAUAACCUAAUAUGUUCUUGCUUUUAUAAAUACAAUUGCCCAUGAAGAUUCUCCUGAAAUUUUUUGCCAGGAUUAAUCUCCAAAAUUCUAGUUUCUGUUGAAAAAUGCACAUUAUUCACUGAAUAAAACACUGUGAUAAAAGCAUUUAUCACUUAAUAAAGAACUAUGCUUGACAAGCCAAGGAUUCUUAUUUUAGACAAUCAUAGGACUGUCCCACAAAGUGCUUCUGUAUUUCCAACUACUGAGAGAUAUGUGCUUCCCCACCUAAAAUACUCACAAAAAUACCAAUAAAAAGUUACAUUAUGCCUUUUUGAACUUCACCAUCUCACUAGAGAUGUAGUUACUGAUCAACAACAUGUCUACAGCUUGAAUCCAUACCAAAUUAUUUACUCAAAUUGAUGUGGUGACAAAGGAAGACAGCACCAAGUGUCACAGAUCUAAGUCUGUUUCUGAGAAGUCUACUGUGAGAGUAUGACCUUAAUUCAUUUUCUAUUUUCAUGUGUUUCAGAUUAUAAUUACUCUGGUAACUGCUGUUUCAUGUCAUAUGGUCUGUAAGCUCUGAUUAAAUUUAAUAUGCUAAGUAUCCUGGUGUCUAGUUGCAUAUUUCCUGGAUUUUCUUUCUAUGUAGAACUGUUCAUUUCACCAAGGGUAUCUGCUGCCUUUGAAAAUAUUUUUUUCUAGCUAUAACAACUCUAUUUUUUACUACAUAAUUGAAUUUUAAUGUAAAAUUCAUAACAUCCUGAUUACUGAAUGUUAUAUCAUCAAUACUUUUGUGUAUUCUGUGGAUUCUAUAUUUCACAUUGGGAUUAGCAUUCAGAAUAGUUUUAUUUCUAUCUGCAAAUAGUUUCAAAUGAGUUCAAAAUAGCCUCUGAAAAAAAUGCUACUGUAAUCAUUAUCUUAUCUAGUAAAGGAGAUUCUAAAACCUUCUUUGGCCCACAUCUGAGUCACAGAGUAACAUAUUGUAGUUAGAAUAUCUUAUCCUGGUGAUAGUUGACGUGUAAUAAAUGGUAAUCUUAGGUUCUCUGUGGAAAAGAGAAAUGAGAAAAAUGUUUAUGUGGAAUUUAUAAAGUUGCCAUAAAAAAGUUAAUGAUGAUUCUGGGUCAACAUGAAUGUUCCAGUUCAACUUUUAUUUUUUCAGUUCAUAAAACUAAUAGAAAAUGUGAGCUAUCUCCUUCCCUCAAGAAUGAAUAGAGAAAAAGAUCUACCAGAAUAAAAUUUAUCAGUGGAUGUGAAUGGUAGAUUGGCUUUGCCUGCAGUGUAUAAAUGGAAGCACUAACAUUAGGUUGAAUUUAACUGCAAAGAAUAAAGAAAAAAGAAAACACC